AUGGAAUUAUUAGAAUUUACUCAGAACUGUCAUCUGACGAUGCGUCAACGGACAGGAACGGAUCUGAAGAUUGUCAUUAACAGCGAGCUGACGGUGCACCCGCGUACGUGCACCGCGGUUAAAAAAUCAUACCCGUGCGGCGUAUGCGGCAAGGAGUUCAUCAGUAACAGCGUACUGACGAUACACCAACGGUCGCACACCGGCGAAAAACCGUAUGUUUGUUACCAGUGCCAUAGAUCGUUCUCUCACAAAAGCAACUUAACCAGGCACCUGAGGGUGCACACGCACGAAAAACCGUACGACUGUCAAGUUUGCGGCAAGUCGUUUGCCCGAAAAAGCAAUUUGACCAGUCACGUGCAGACGCACGAGGAUAAAAAACCGUACCAUGACUGCGGUGAAUGUGACGAGAAGUUUAGUACGAGUGAUGAUGGCACGCCGACGUUACCGGGCGGACGCAUCACACGGGCGAGAAGCCGUGCCACAGCAGUAAUAACGUCCGAGAUAAAAUGUAAGACUAGCGGUUUGACGGUACACCAGCGGACCACUGUGACCGUACCACUGUGA